AGGUAAAAUAAAACAUAAGUGAAACUUUUGUUGAAGUAUUAAACCAAAUAUUUUCAGCUGUGCUUGGCCUCGUCCUCCUUCUAUUCCUGUCCCUCCUUCAUUGUUGUCUUUGGUAACAGUACUUGAGCACUUAGCCAGGUACUGUGACUGUUACAUUAUUUAAUUCUCACAAUGCAGCUGUGAAGUAGCUACCAAAAUUAUUCCCAUUUUUUUGUGUGGGGAAACUGAGGCAUGUGCAGUUAUUAACUUUGCCAAGAUCACCUAGCUAGUCAGUGCCAGAGCCUGAAUUCUUUGGAAUAAUCUGAGCUUUUUCUCUGGUUUUAUUUACAACUGGUGUUUAUUCAAAACUCAUUCUUAAAUGUUGAUAUAAGUGAAAUCACAAAGUAAGAAAUGGAAAAUCUGCCAGCAACCACAAAAUGGAUGACUGGUAUCUUUUCCUGGUUAGGAAAUUCAGCCCAUAUAACAAAACAGGUUGUGCUCAUCUCGUAUGAUCUCUUCUGGUACUUCUCAGCAGAUUAGAAAAAAACCAACUUUCCAAAUGUGUUUUCCUAAUGCAAAUAUAUUUUUAUGUGACAAGGAAAAAGUAUUGCUAGUCAUUUUUUUUUCUUUCAUUUUUUAGACGUACCUCUUAACAUCUCAGAAUACUAGGAUUUCUUAGAAUAUAUUGUGGAGGUUGAAAUCAUGUUCAUCAGGAUUCAGUGACUUUCACAGAUGUGGCCAUAGACUUCUCCCAAGACGAAUGGGAAUGGCUGAAUCUUGCUCAAAGGACUUUGUAUAAGAAAGUGAUGCUAGAGAACUACAGGAACCUGCUUUCAUUGGGUCUUUGCAUUUCUAAACCAGAUGUGAUUGCCUUAUUGGAGCAAGGUAAAGAGCCUUGGAUGAUGAAAGGAGAGAUGACAGGAGGCCUCUGUCCAGACUUGGAAUAUACUUGGAUGACCAAGGAAUUAUCUCCAAACCAGGGCAUUUAUGAAGAAAAAUUAUCCCAGGCAAUGAUAAUGGAAAGACUUCCAAGCUAUGACCUUAAAUGUUCCACAUUAGGGGUAAACUGGAAAUGUGAAGACCUGUUUACGAGGGAGCUGGUAAGUCAGAAGACAUACUUUAGUCAAGAGACAGUCACUCAUAUAGAUACCCUUAUUGAGAAAAGAGACCACUUUAACAAAUCUGGGACAAUUUUUCAUCUGAAAAGAUUAUCUUAUCUAAAGCAGGUAUUUCCCAUCGAAGAGAGAAUAUAUAAUUUUGACACAGAUAAGAAAAGUUUAAAAACACAUUCAUUUGUUAAAAAACACAAGCAAGUCUAUGGAGAAAAGAAACUUUUGAAAUGUAAUGACUGUGAGAAAACUUUCAGCAAAAUCUCAACCCUUACUCUUCAUCAAAGAAUUCAUACCGGAGAGAAACCCUAUGAAUGUAUUGAAUGUGGGAAAGCCUUUAGUCAGAGUGCCCACCUUGCUCAACAUCAGAGAAUACAUACUGGAGAAAAACCGUUUGAAUGUACUGAAUGUGGGAAAGCCUUCAGUCAGAAUGCUCAUCUUAUUCAACAUCAGAGAGUUCAUACUGGAGAAAAACCUUAUCAAUGUAAGCAGUGUAAUAAAGCCUUCAGCCAGCUUGCACAUCUUGCUCAACAUCAGAGAGUUCAUACUGGAGAGAAACCCUAUGAAUGUAUUGAAUGUGGGAAGGCUUUUAGUGAUUGUUCAUCCCUAGCUCAUCAUCGAAGGAUUCACACUGGAAAAAGACCAUAUGAAUGUACUGACUGUGGGAAAGCUUUCAGGCAGAAUGCUUCUCUUAUACGCCAUCGGAGGUAUUAUCAUACUGGAGAGAAACCGUUUGAUUGUAUUGAUUGUGGGAAGGCUUUCACUGAUCACAUAGGCCUUAUUCAGCAUAAGAGAAUUCAUACUGGAGAGAGACCUUACAAAUGUAAUGUGUGUGGGAAGGCUUUUAGCCAUGGCUCGUCCCUGACUGUACAUCAGAGAAUUCAUACAGGAGAGAAACCUUAUGAGUGUAGUAUCUGUGAGAAAGCCUUUAGCCAUCGUGGCUCACUUACUCUUCAUCAAAGAGUUCAUACUGGAGAGAAACCCUAUGAAUGUAAAGAAUGUGGGAAAGCGUUUCGGCAGAGCACACACCUUGCUCAUCAUCAGAGAAUUCAUACUGGAGAGAAACCUUAUGAAUGUAAGGAAUGCAGCAAAACUUUCAGCCAAAAUGCACACCUUGCACAACAUCAAAAAAUACACACUGGAGAGAAACCUUAUGAAUGUAAGGAAUGUGGUAAGGCCUUCAGUCAAAUUGCACACCUUGUUCAACACCAGAGAGUUCAUACUGGUGAGAAGCCUUAUGAAUGUAUUGAAUGUGGGAAGGCCUUUAGUGAUGGUUCCUAUCUUGUUCAACAUCAGAGACUCCACACUGGCAAAAGACCAUAUGUGUGUCUUGAAUGUGGAAAGGCAUUCAGACAGAGAGCAUCCCUGAUUUGUCACCAGAGAUGUCAUACAGGCGAGAAACCUUAUGAAUGUAAUGUUUGUGGGAAAGCCUUUAGCCAUCGUAAAUCCCUUACUCUACAUCAAAGAAUUCAUACAGGAGAAAAACCUUAUGAGUGUAAGGAAUGUAGCAAAGCCUUCAGCCAGAUUGCCCAUCUUACACUUCAUAAGAGAAUUCAUACUGGAGAAAGGCCCUAUGAAUGUAAGGAAUGUGGGAAAGCCUUCAGGCAGAGUGUACAUCUUGCUCAUCAUCAGCGAAUUCAUACUGGAGAGUCAUCCUCAAUUAUUCCCUCCUCCUCACCCCCAUUCCACCAAGUCCUCUAGAUUCAGUCUUCUAAAUGCCUCUAGGAUCUGUCCACUUUUGUCCAGUGUAUGUCCCAUCAUCAUAGUCCAAGAUGAACCCAUCUCGUUUUUAUUCUUACCAUAGUGUUAACCAUUAUCCCUCUUGCUCCCCUCAAGUGCAUUUUUAACACUGUAGCCAGCUUAACCUUUUAAAAAUAAAAAUCUAUUUUACUUUCCCAUUUAAAACAUUUAUCUUUAAGAAUAUGUUAGAUAGUCCAUUUAAAGGGCUUAGCACACAACCCUUGACAUAUAAUUAGUGCCAUUAAGGUAAAGGUUUCCUUGCUGUCAUGUUCAGCUGCCUGUAAAAUCUAGUAGGUUAAGACUAAGAAACCUGUACAUUUUAGAGAGGACAAAGGACUCUUCUGCUUCCCCAGGAGGUAGAAAAAUGAACACAUUCAGAACUGAAAGAUUCUGUGAUGAACAAGGUCACGUGUUGGCUUACCACGCCCUGUGUAUGACUAAAUACAAGGACUUGUAGCAUUGCUGAUGAGGGACUCUCACUUUGCCUGGUGCUUAGAAGUUAGAAUAAGCCACUUAGAACAAAGGCAUUUGGUAGAAUGUAGGAUUAGCCAGAUACUAAGAACAAACUAAAGUCAGCAAGCUAGAAAACUUGAGUAGAUUAAUAGCCAUGAAAUAACCAGAAAAAGGUAGUUUAACACUUUCACCUGUAGGAAAGCACAGACAAUUCCUGUGAUGUUUGAAUUCUUCUAGAGCAUAAAAUAAAUACAGUAAAGCUGCCCAUCUUACUCUAUGAAACUGACAAGACUGGUACCAAAACAAAAACAUAUGCUGCAGUUAGCUUAUGAAUGUAGAUCUUAAAACUUAAACUCACUUUUUAAAUAUUAAAAAGUAGAGUAAAUGGAAAGCUAGACCUGUCUUUGUAUAGAAAGAGUCUGGCAAAGAUAUUCCUCCCUGUGUUAAAUAUGUAAAUUUAUCGAUAGUCCAAUAAAAAUACCAAUAUAUUUUUAAGUUGAUGAGCUGAUUCUGACCAUCUGUAGAAUAUAGAAUUGUGGUAUAGUAAGGAAUGUAGUACUCACUCACUUAACAUUAACUGAGCAUUUACUAACGUGCCAGGCCGUGUUUUUAGGUGCUGGGGAUACAGCAGAGUGCAAAUAUGCAAGUUUUUGCCCCUACAGACCUAGUGGGGGAAGACAAAGUUGAAAUACAUACUAUGUGAUAAGUAUGCAAUAUGUACCACGAUGAGAACUCACUGAAAGAGGGAGCUAGGGAGUGAUGGCAAGGAGUGCCUUACUAUUCCCAGAACAUAUGGGCAUUAGAAGCAGGGAACUGUCAGAUACAGCGGGCAUAAUGAGAAUAGUCAUUUUAGUCCUAAGGUAGAUAAUUAUGCUUUCAGUGUUGCAGGAAGAGAGAACUGAGUGUUUAAGAAGGAUCAUGAGAGUUCUCUUCACUCUUUAUCAAUAGUGACUUUGGGUCUGGUGGAGGGUUUUUUGUUUAUGUUUUUUUGUAACAGCCUUACUGAGAUAUAAUUCACAUACCAUACAAUUCACCCACUUAAAGUAUACAAUUCAGUGACUUAGUAUGUUCAGAUUUGUGCAACCAUUACUACGUUUCAUUACCUAAAAAAGAAUACCCCCACCCGUGGAGGAGUACUCUUACUUGGAGCACACAGUGCUUUUGGGGUUCUCUCUUGACUGCUACCUGUGACAGCAAAGUAGGCCAUGUGAGGGGAUCUCUUAUCCAGAGGGCAUGAGUGCUAAAAAUGAAGCUUUGGGGCUUUCUUUACUUUGGGAUAGAGAGGAGGGGAUGGGUCGUCCUAUUAGACUCCCCUUACGUAUGAUAAAAAGGAUUUUUCAUUGCGGUGGGGGGAAGAUGGAUUAAUCAAGUGGUGUUGGGACACUUAGCUCUAUGGAAAGACAGGACUAUACCUUCUACACUAAUGAAGCUCUGAAAGAUCAAAGAUCUAAGUACAAUAUUAAAGUACAAGAAAAACAAUAUAACUUUGAGGCAGACCUUCUUAAGUAUUACCCAUAACCCAGGAGCUGACAUUAAGAUAACAUUUAUGUGUGGAAAAUAUCAAAGUCAAAUAUACAAAUAUGAGAUUGAAAGAAAAUGUUUGCAAACCAACAUAACAAAGGAUAAUAAUCCCUGAUAUUCAAAGCAUUAUUACAAAUAAAUAGUAACACCGGGAAUUCAGUAGAAAAAAUGGACACAGCUAAUGGCCAGUUCAAAGAAGAUGAAAAAACAGCUAAUGGAAAUGACCCAGUAUCACUAGUAAUCAAGGAAAUGCAAAAUAAAGUGAUGUUAAUCUACUUUUUUCCCCCAAUGAUUUUAAAUCAUAGAAAAGUGAUUAUAUCUAGUGACUGUGUCAAAAACAAGACAAUUCCACUGUCGGUUAUAUAAAUUUAUGUGUGUAUAUACCGUUUGAAUCAUUAUUCUUCAAAAACCAAAGUGUACAAAGGUAGGUAAAUGUAUAAUGGCAAAAAUUAUUUUUAAUGGUGAACUCAACUCUAUUAGAAACUAUUAGGGUACUGGGUAAAUGGGUAAGUUAAUUAUGGUAUAUGCAUUCAAUAGAAUUACAUGCAGCUGUUGAAAAAAGAAGUAUAAAUGUGUAUAUAGCCAUAGAAGGAUAGUUGUAUUACACUAAAUGAAAAACAUUUUCAGUCUGUGUUCUAAUAUAAACUCAUAGUUGUAAUAUCAAAAAUAAAACUUAAAAUAUGUA